AUGCAAACUUUGAAAUGUGUUGUUGUCGGUGAUGGUGCUGUUGGUAAAACCUGUUUAUUAAUAUCAUAUACCACUAACCAAUUUCCAGCAGAUUAUGUUCCUACUGUGUUUGAUAACUAUGCAGUAACAGUAAUGAUCGGUGAUGAACCAUACACUUUAGGAUUAUUCGAUACAGCUGGUCAAGAAGAUUACGAUAGAUUGAGACCCCUUUCGUAUCCAUCGACAGAUGUGUUCUUAGUUUGUUUUAGUGUAAUUUCCCCACCAUCUUUUGAAAAUGUCAAAGAAAAAUGGUUCCCAGAGGUACAUCACCAUUGUCCAGGUGUUCCAUGCUUAAUUGUGGGUACACAAAUCGAUUUAAGAGAUGACAAAGUUAUUAUUGAAAAAUUACAAAGGCAAAGAUUGCGCCCAAUCACUCCAGAACAAGGUGACAGAUUAGCAAGAGAGUUGAGAGCAGUCAAGUAUGUAGAAUGUUCUGCAUUGACCCAACGUGGUUUAAAAAAUGUCUUUGACGAAGCUAUUGUAGCAGCUUUAGAGCCACCGGUUAUUAAAAAGAGUAAAAAAUGUACAAUUUUAUAA